AUGGGCAAGUACAUACCCAAUGCCUUCAACCUCGCGGUUGUGGUCUAUGUUGCCUUGGGAUCCACAGCUUGCUCUUACGGUCUCGCCAUACUUGGAUCUACCAUCGGACAGCCUUCGUUCUACAGUAGCCUAGGUCUUGCGGCUCAAGGUGAGCCCGGAUACGACAAGACAGCCAACUGGAUAGCUGCUUUCAAUGGCGUCUCGAGCGGUGCUGCCUGCAUUGGAGCAAUUUUUAAUUCGUGGUCCGCGAAUGCGCUUUCAAGAAAGCAUACGAUACAGAUCGGCGCUGUUAUACUCAGCAUUGGCGCCGCUCUCAAUGCCGCUUCUGUCAGCGCGACAAUGCUCGUCAUUGGCAGACUUGUUGCGGGCUUUGGCAUCGGAGUUCUGGUCACUUGCAUCCCCAUGUACCAAGCUGAAGUGUCCACACCGGAGACUCGAGGCUUUAUGGGAUCGAUGCACAGCAUAAUGUUUGCUAUCGGCUAUAUGCUAUCGUCCUGGAUCGGCUUCGGGGUGUACUUCAUUUCUGCGUCUGGCUCUAGUUCCACUUUCCCAUGGCGGUUCACUCUCGCUUUUCAGGCGGCUCCUGCACUCUUGCUUCUUGUCGGGUCAUACUGGCUACCUUGCAGUCCGCGAUGGUUGAUGCAGAAGGGACGAUUCGACGAAGCCGAGCAGGUUCUCAAGAGAUUGCACACCCGUAAGGACGAUACACAUCAUGAGCAAGCAGUCAAGGAGUACUACCAAAUGAGGCGACAGCUCGAAGAAGAUCGAAAGCUCAAGGACAGUAUCAGUCAUUUUGAGGUGUUCAAGACUCCUUCCAACAGGGAAAGAGCCGCUAUCGCCGCAGCUAUGAUGUGGUUCAGCAUGUUCACUGGCGUGCUCAUCAUCGCCAACUAUGCUACGAUCGUCUUCCAAAACCUCGGCAUGACCGGCGCCAUGCCCCUACUCCUCCUCGCGCUGUGGGUGACAGCCUCCUUCCCCGGCAACAUCUUCACCGCCCUCUACAUCGACCGCUUCGGCCGUCGAAAAUUCAUGCUAGUAGGCGCCGUCGGCCUCUCCAUCGGUCUCCUAUUCGAAUACAUCCUCCAAGCCCUCUACACCAACACAACCAACACCGCCGUCCAAAAGGCGGCCAUCUUCUUUAUUUUCUUCUUCAUCGUGUUCUGGAGCUCUUGCUUCGAUGCGACGCAGUACCUCUAUAUGGGCGGAGAUAUUCCCGACGGCGGUGAGAGGGCAGGGGACGGCCGUUGCGAUUGUGGUUGCGGGACCUAUUGCCUUGGAGAGGAUUGGGUGGAGGGUUUUUUGGUGUUGUUGGUGCCUACUGUGGUGUAUAUCCCUGUGAUUUAUUUUUUCUUUCCUGAGACUAUGAAUAGAUCGCUGGAAGAUAUCAAUGCUGAGUUUGGGGAUGCAGUGGCUGUGCAUUACUAUGGCGCCACCGAGGCGGAUGAGAAGGAGUAUGCCCAAGCGCUUGACGCAGGGGAGGCUGACGAGGACCUGCGACGUGCUGCAGAUGCCGCGGAAGGCAAGACUGAGAUCGCAACGAUCGAACAAGUGUCGAAAGCAUAG